AUGUCUAAUUUAUCCUUACAUCGAAAUUCAUUCAGUGUUGAUCCUUCUAUUACUCCAUCAUGUGGUCCUAUUUCGGAAAUAGCUGAGUCGAUUUAUAGUAUUAAACAGGAAAAGAUGCCUCCACCUGUCCCUAAUGAAUCUGGCCACCAUACUAUUGUUAGUGCUUUUGGUUCAUGUGAUAAGGCAUUUGGUCUCCUAUGCUUUAGUGCCUCAAAUGAUCAAACCAAUUUUCACAUGUCAGAUACAGACCCUGACAGUUCUAAGCAGGAUUCACCUGGGAACUCUGAUACGAUUACUUCAGGACUAUCAUCUCUUCAAAGCUGCAAAAGUCGUCCAUUGUCUCGUGGAUUAUCUUCUCAGCCUUUCGAGGAAAAUUCAUCCUCAGGACCUAUUGACAUUACUGACAGGACGGAGCUAUUCGUGACACGUUCCCUCAACGAUUCUUUAUCUUCUCCAAUAAGCAACCAAUGUGCGGUUAUUACCUGUGCCGGGGCCGAUUUACCUACUUGUGACAAAUGUGGAAAACGCUAUCAGACUAUGAUAUCCUUGCGGUCUCACUUACGGAAACACUCUAGUGGAGAGCUCGCGGCUAAACGUCAUAAAUGCCUUUAUUGUGCAUACUCAAGUCACUAUCAAAGAAAUUUGACGAAGCACAUAGCACUCAUUCAUUUGGCUAGUAAUGCCAGCAUGCCAGCUAGCAGCACCAUGUCUGAACCCAGUCCAACUCUGUGUCCUAUCAAAGCCGAUUACUCUCAAAUCUCUGAGGCACCUGAUUUAAUCAAUCAGGCAGAAGUAAUGCCCCGAAAUGGCGAAUUGCUUUGCGGGGGCCCUAGUUUGGCCCCAUUGAUCGACCCAGCUAUCAAUAGGAUGAGUUCAUCUGAAUCUGAAACUAAAGAUUAUUGUGUAGCGUCUUCUAUAAAUAUCAGGGGUAUCAAUGACACAAGCACUGAUGGCUCGGAUGCGUAUGAAUGUAACCUCUGUGGAAAAAAAUUCAAAACGAAACAAAAGCUAGUCCAUCACACUGAAGUUCACGACCCAAACAAGCCGUAUCCUUGCAAAGAACCUGGUUGUGAGCGUUCAUUUCGUUCUCAAAAAUAUUUAAGCAAUCACAUUAAUGACCAUCAUGGUAGACAGCCCAAACAAUACAUCUGUCCAAUGGAAGGCUGUAACUUUGCUGGAGCCCGCCGUAGUCACCUCAAACGACAUAUGAAUGAGAACCACUCGGGUAUGUUUCAUGCAAUCCCAGUUAUUUUUAUCUGCUUGAUCUCUCUUAACCUUCGUUCUUUGUUUGAUCCAGGUGAAAAGCUAUUUAAGUGUUCGUUCUCUGGUUGCCAAAGGAGUUUUUGUUCUAAAGAAUCCCUCACGAGCCAUAUGUCCCGGCAUAGCUGCGAUGAGCUUACGACCAAUAAGGCUUACGAUUCUCCAGAAUUUAAAGUCUCGAAUGCUUUUAAUGCACAGGACCAUCGUCAGCCAUCAUGUGGAACUCGAAGCAGUACAAGUGAACCUGAUCUCAAAACACUUCUGAUCUCUCAUGCUUAUUCUGGCCUUUCAAUGGCUAGUUGCUCGGAUUAUAAUCCUGUGUGUGGCGAGGAAUCUAAUUUUAUGGAUACAACGUUGAAUAGUUCUCUAACUCAUCAAACUCUCGAACAUAACAAUAUUCACACCUCUGCAAGUAUGAUUAUUCUUUCCUCUAAUUCAUUAGAUGCUGCAUCGUCUGGAACUGAUGGAAUUUCUGAUAAGUUUACUCACAUGGUGAAUGAGUAUCUAGCCUGUCCUACCACUAUUCAUUCUCUAUACGAGUCAGAGCCACUCACCAAACAUGAACUUGAACUCGCCAACAGAGCACUAAAUAAGAGGGAGGCUAAGAAGCGAACCAGUAACACUAGGGCAAUACUUAAGCAACGGGUAGCAAUUUCGCCUGGGGCAAAUCGUCUUUUGCUAAAAUUGUCGAGCUGCUUGGAUGAUAGCCUGGAUCAAAGAACUGAAUUGCCAGAUAAUUGUCUU